CUGAAACAUUCACUUCUCCUCUCUCUCCUCUCCUCUCCAUAGUUUUCCAGUUUCGAUCUAUCAAAAAAAGUUUCAAACUUUAAAUGGGAAGUGGAAGAGACAGAGACGACCCUUUAUCCUUCACAUCAUCUGCUUCCUCUCCGGUCACUGUAUCCGAUUACCUCGACAACAACAACAACAACUUCCUCGGCGAACCGACUUCUCGCUCCGGGAGUUUCCAAAGCGAGAGCUUGCUCGGUGGAGGAGAGACCAGCAACGACGCUGAUUUCGGAUUCGCUCGUCCUGAUUUCCGAUCGGAGGAACUCGCUGGAACCGUUCAGUUUUACGAGAGGCAUGUUUUCUUGUGCUACAAAAAGCCUUCUGUUUGGCCGGCGAGGAUCGAGGCGGCGGAGUUUGAUCGGUUGCCGAGGCUUCUCUCUGCUGCUGUAUCGGCUAGGAAAAGUAGCAUGAAGAAGGAGACACUUGCUUUCUGUCGUUUUAGAAGGUUGACUCAUUUUGAUGUGGAAACAUUUGUGGAAGAGGUGCUUGUUAAGGAUGGUGAAUGGCUGCCUGGAAAUCCUGAAUUGCUAAAAGGUUCAUAUGUCUUUGUAUGUUCCCAUGGAUCCCGAGACCGACGAUGUGGGGUUUGUGGGCCACCGUUGGUUAGUAAAUUUAGAGAAGAACUUGAGUUUUAUGGUCUACAAGGUAAAGUGUCAGUUAGCCCAUGUUCUCACAUUGGUGGUCACAAAUACGCUGGGAAUGUUAUCAUCUACCAAUCAAAGAUCCACAGGAAAGUCACUGGACAUUGGUAUGGGUAUGUGCAGCCAGAUGAUGUACAUGUUCUCUUGGAGAAGCAUAUCAUCAAAGGUGAGAUUGUAGACCGGCUAUGGAGGGGUGAAAUGGGUUUAUCAGAAGAAGACCAGAAACAAACUCAAGAAAGACGUUUACAGGUAAACGGUGCUGGCCAUACAGUUAAGAACAAUGGGAAAGUCAAUCAGGAAUCAUCAAUUCACAGCGCCGAUGUUUCCUGCUGCCAGUCAGGAGCUGCAGAAUCUAAUGGCUGUUGCCAACAAAAUGGGAACAGCUCCUCCUGCUGUCAAGACGCAGAUCUGAUGUUGUCUCUGGAAACCUCGGAAGAUAAUCAACUUGAGAAUGAGAACAGCACUGAGAAGCUUACACCUGGAAGAAAAACUGCGGAAAAGACUUUCUUCAGAAUAAAUAGUGUCAAAGGAUCUUCAACACGUAAGGUUUGCGCUAUACCAACAUGGAUAGAGAGCUGGGAGCGAGAAGAUACCUAUGCUGCUCUUGCUGUCGUUUGUGCUGCUGCUUCUGUGGUUGUUGCCUAUACUUGCUACAAACAGUUAUAA